GCAGCAUGGUUGCAAGAGAGAACGUGAUGGAGUUGAUGAAUCAGUUGGAGGAAGCUGAGGAGGAGAUGGGCCGUCUGGGUGAUGAUGAUGAAGCGGCGUAUGCGGUGUCAAAACAGAUGGGGGCCUUGGCGCAGCAGGCAGAGGCUGGCCUCCAGGAGAUCCUUACGAUUGCGCAGUCGGCGCCUGAGAGUCCAGGCGAGAGAGCCUUCCGUCACACGCAGCUUGUGUCUGUGAAUAAGCUCAGGAGGUUUCUACCCACGGUAUGGAAGGGGAUGAGCGAAGCAAAAGACGCAGCUUCUAACAACAGACGACAGAUGGUCCAUGCCGAGGGGGUGUACCACUACCUCUGUACUCGACCCUGGCAUGGGGGUAUCUGCUCGUUCAGGCAGUACACAGGCUUUGACAAGGAGGAGUUCGACCAAUUCAAUGUUGUUGUUCAUGAUGGUGGUUGGUUUUGAUGAGUUGGUAGUUGACGAGUGACACACGGCUGU